CGAUCACCCAGCAGCAAGUGGGGGGCAGAACAACAAUUCCGCCCGUUUGCUGCUUGGGCCUACGCUCCGUACUGUAGACUAGGAAUUCCGAAUUGUUGCUCCUUUCCUUCCAGACCAUCCCCAACUGCCGACUGCAUGCACAUUCUGUCUCGGGACUGUCUUCUGCGGCCGCCUGCAUAUUCUGGAACGGUGCCUGCCUGAUUCCAUCUUUUGAUCUUUUGGAUCGUUUUGAUACCCAAUUCCUGAGCGGUCGCGAUAUAAACAGACACUCCCUCUCCUCCCUCCGUCUUGGUCUUCCUGCCACCUGUUCUGUCUCUCUUUGCCCAUAUCUCUCUCCCCCUUCAGAGCCCGAGGACCCAGAAAACAACAGACACUCAGGAACAACACUGGCCACGAUGUCACCAAGCGCCGUCAACAACGUGCAGGCCAAUGGCCUCGACCACGACGUCAAGCCGGCCGACCCAGACCCCUCGAUCGUCAUCACCCCCAAGAUAACCGGCGACUGGACCGUAGCCAAGGUCCUAGCCACCAUCACACCCACCCCACCACCCGCCACCACCUCGACCUCCUCCUCGCCCGUCGCCUACUUCCACAUGCUCGAGCGCCUCAAGACGACCAAGCGCGAGGGCUGGCGGCGCUUCGGCAUCGCCCGCGGCGAGUCCAUCGCAGACCACAUGUACCGCAUGGCCAUGAUCAGCAUGCUGGCGCCCCCGGCCCUGCUGGCCCGCAUCGACCGCGACAAGUGCACGCGCAUGUGCCUGGUGCACGACAUGGCCGAGUCGCUGGUGGGCGACAUCACGCCCGUGGACGGCGUGCCCAAGCCCGAGAAGAGCCGGCGCGAGGCCGAGACGAUGGACUACCUCACCGGCAGCCUCCUGGGGGGCGGCGCAAAGGGUGACGUGGGCGAGGAGAUCCGCGCGCUGUGGCAGGAGUACGAGGACAGCGAGACCCUCGACAGCCACUUUGUCCACGACAUCGACAAGGUCGAGCUGUUGCUGCAGAUGGUCGAGUACGAGCGGCGCGGCGAGCGGAAGCUGGACCUCGGCGAGUUCGCGUACGUCGCCACGCGCCUCGCGCUCGACGAGACCAAGGAGUGGGCCGCCGAGAUUAUCCGGGAGCGCGAGGCGUACUGGGCCGGGCAGGGGCAUGUCCAUGGUGAUGCGGGCGUCCAGGGCGGUGUUGCCAAGGACCAUCUCGAGGCUGUGGACGAGUACUACAAGGGUGCGGGCGGUGCGCCUUGAAUUGGAAAGGCUGGCUGGCUGACGUCUACCCACACGUGUGGGCAUGGUGGCGUGGGGACGGGAUAUUGGUGUGUCGUUUACUCAGACUCGGUCAGACUUGGGCGUUUGUUGUCUUGAUGCUUGCUUCACGGGAGUCAAUCACAGAGUGGUGGGCGGCGGGCUGGGGUGUUUUCUGGCAUUUGGUCACUGGCGAUAGACCCAGCAUCAGCAUAAUGUAGAGGACAAAUAGCCACUGAAUUUGGCAUGAUCUCUCCUGUUCUAUGGCCUACAGUGCCUCUUCAGAGCAGGCAUCGAGUAGGAUGAUACUAGAGGCCAUGGUAGAAUACGAGGGGAGUGAGUAGCUACAGUACAUGAAUUCUCCCAUGGUCUAUGCUGGAGUCUGCAGUUG